AUAAAUUUGGUUAGAAAUUUAGCAAAAACAAUUUUUUUAUUUGAUUUUCAGGAAAAUACCAUCACGUGUUAAUGUAAACACCACAUCCAAAUUGUCAUUCAAAUACUUCAAUGUGUUAUCGGUAUAACAAUAUUUGUUUAGAUCUCAACCCGAAUAAGAAAUUCAAACAAUUAACAAUAAAGAUAAAUGUUGAACAGAAGCACCUGACGACCCGUCUGAUAGUCAAACGAAUGUAAUCGUGAAAUUCCACUCUUCACUAUCGUAAUUUUGUAAUUUUAUCAAGUACAAUGACAGGGGAUGGCAGGAACGUCUGCCCUUUGCUGAAAAAUGCCGAUUCAUAUAACCCGGACACGAUCGAUAUCAUCAAUAGUGCCAAAGAGCGAAACUACUGGUUGCCUUGCAUAGAAGUAAUGGUCAAAAAGUUUAUAGAGAAGGUGAAAUAUUUGUUACCGGACGAUCCCGAGGCUAAGCAAAAGGCAGAACUAUGUUAUAACAAGUUUCAUAAUUUGUGUGAACAGCUUUUAGAAAAUCCAAAAAUUGUUCCUGAUCUCAGCUUAAGAACACUAUUUCAAUAUUACGAAGAUAACCAAAGGCUUUACUUUGAGGAUGCAUGGAAACUUCAAAAAGAAAAAGAGUACAGCCAUGCGUUACAAGGAUUCAAAGAUCGAAUCGAUUGUAUAGAUUCGAUAGAAGAUUUUGAUACGAAAUGGUUGGAAUUGACAAAGGGCGUUUUGGCGGGAAACGUUUUCGACUGGGGCUCCAGAGCAGUGGCGGACAUUUUGGAGCAAGAACACGAUUUUGGGUUCAGUGACGCAUUGAAGACGAUCCAGAAGAGGCCAUGGUUCAUGGAUAAACUGGAUUUGUGGGUGGAUAGAUUAAAACAAGAUCCGUACAAGACAUGCGUGAUCUUCGUGGAUAACGCGGGGUACGAUUUCGUACUAGGCAUCUUGCCGAUGACCAGGGAACUACUGUCUCACGGCACCAAAGUGAUAUUGGUUGCGAACAGCCUUCCAACUUUGAAUGACGUCACGCAUGAAGAGUUGAACGUAUACUGCAGCAAAGCAGCACAGCACUGUGAUAUAAUCAAGAAUGCCCUGACAGAGGGCCAGUUACUUAAGAUGGAGAACGGACAGAAGGGACCAUGCUUGGAUCUUAGAACUUUAACUCCAGAACUGUGCGAAGCGAUGGAACCUGCAGACCUGUUGAUCAUAGAAGGAAUGGGACGCGCGGUACAUACAAAUCUGCGCGCCAAGUUCACCGUAGACUGUGCUAAGUUGGCUGUGCUGAAGAACGAAUGGUUGGCGCAAAGUUUAGGUGCGCAACAGUUCGGCGUUGUGUGUAGUUAUGAGCCCGCAAGUUGAAUGUACGUCUUUGUUACCGUCCACAGCUUGUUUCUAGAACUAUAGGACGAUUUCGUUUUUACGAAUUGACGACAAUGACUGGGUUAUCUGAAAGCCUUGAAUCAAAUGAAAGGGCGUGAUCAUUUCCAAUCAGAAAAAUCGUAUUAUACCGGGUGAUGUAAAUUUGACCCUCAAAAUUGGGAUCUUGGAGAGAUAAGGAGUCGUAAUGUUAGGCAACUAACUAAAUGCCGCUUAGAAAGCUUCGAAAUUCAGCUAAAGGUUCCCAAAUUUUUUUCAGGCACAAUUUGAAAAAACGAAUUCACCAUUGGAAACGUUGUUGAUCUUUAAGCUAUUUUUCUCCAUAGUCGCCAUUUUUUCUACGCAUUUUUUUAGAUAAUUGACUGACUGGGUGCGGUUCACUUUGGGAAACGCUACGUCACUCAAGUGGCGAUGAGUUUCUAUGGAUGGUAACCUUUUUGCGUGCAUAAAUCCGAUUUCGCACCUGACGGUGACGGCGAUGAAACGUUUGAAAACAUUCUUAGUAGUUUUUAAAAAGUGUGCUAAUUUUUUAUUUUUUAUUAUUAAGGACUAUUUUUCCUCGUAUAGUUUGCUUACAGUCUUGAGGAUACAAAUGAGAAUUUGUGUUUGCUGUGGUACCACUAGCAUUAAAAUACAUUCAUAUUAUUUUAUGACCGAAAAUGAGACGACAAAAGUAUGGAAACAUAUUUUUUAUUAAAAAAUUUAAUACAAUAACUCUACAAAAAGAUUUAAAAUAUACUGGUAGCAUAGCCUUUAGCAUCCAACACUGCCUGACAUCUGCUGCUCAUAGACACCAAUUUUUUACAGACGUCUGUUGGGAUAUUUUGCCCAAUAUUUUUUACAUAAUCAAAUAAAUCUUUCUGGUUUUCAAAAGUUUUUCGUGUCAUUUGUCCUUUAACAUGUUCCCAGAGAUGUUCUAUAGGGUUAAGGUCCGGGGAUUGCAAAGACCAUGUAAGAACAUUAAAUUUUUUUAGUCUUAAUUUUGAGGUAUGCUUAGGGUCAUUAUCUUGCUGGAAUGUCCAUCGUAAAGGCAUUUCUUCUUCAGCAAAAGCGAGCAUGUGUUCACUAAGAAUAUCUUUGUAAAGUUUUUGAUCCAUUUUCCCAACAAUUUUAAUAAUUGGACCCGUUCCAGAACUAGAAAAACAGCCCCAAACUAUGAUGCUGCCUCCACCGUGCUUAACGGUUGGCAACUGAUACUUUUUGUUGAAUCCUUUUUUUCUUUUGAAAAUAUGUGUGGCUGGCAUUCGAGGAUCUUCAUGGGACAAACGUUUAAUGUAGCGAAACAAAACAAUCGGUUUUUUUUUGGUCUUCCGCACCUGGGCCGCGUUUCUGUUGAUCCGUAUUCUUGAUAUUUACUCAUUUAUUCAUUUUUAAUCUUUGAGAAAUGUCAACAUUUCUGACACCACUUCCAAAUAAUUCAAUUACCUUGUCUCUUAAAUCUUUUGAAAAUUCUUUUACUUUUGCCAUUCUCACUGAUGUUAAUAUUUAUCGCUCGGAAUAUCAGAGUAUCGCAGAACGAAUAAAUACGGCAAAACUGAAAUGUUUCCAUACGUUUGUCGUUGCAAAAACUGUGGUAUUUAAAAGAACGCGUGUUUUCAUUUUCAGAGAAUUUUAAUAUUGAUAAGAUACACCUUGUAUUAGUACGGAAGCCAAAGGUAGACUUUAAUAUUUAUAUUAUCUGUUCCUUCACAAUUUUAAUUUAGGUAUAUGAAAUAGUUCAUAAUAUUUGUUUCCAAACUUUUGUCCGCUACUGUAGGUGCUCCUUGUUGGGAUCGGUGGCGGGGGAGCCCACAAACACGACGGCGUUGCCAGAUUUGUGAACCCUAUUUAUGAGACAACCCUCGUAUUUCCGGAAAAAACUAAUUUUCCCAAAAUUUUUUCCCGACUUUAUCUGCCGAGGGAUUUCAAAAUAAAUUGCACAUUAACACUUUUUCUCCUCUACACGAUGGCAUAAUUGGAAUUCCAAUUUGUAACUUUUCUAAAUAAAAGAGUUGUUAGCAAGUACAAACUGAACGCGUAACAUACAAGAAACAAUAAAGCACGGCUCUGUGUUCAACGGCGUUGACGGAUCCGUCAGAAUUGUGUGUCACUUGUCGAUAUGGGGAAUUUUGAACUAUUACUAGAUAAUCAGCUGUUAUUCUACCAUAAUGGGUACUCGGGAAAAAAGAUAGCUUUCCUUCUUCCGUCAUUCACAUAGAACAAAAAACAAUCUAAGUGCUCAUUUAUACUGUUUUUGGACGUCUGUUGAGGUAAACAGCUGAUCAGCAAGUGACAUCUUUGCGUUUGUCCAUAUGUCAAUUUAUACGGUUGGUAAUAAUGAAAAUGUAAUUUUAAAUUCAGACAAAAUAAACGCAGUAAACAGAGAAGUGCAAUAAACUUACUGUUACAAAGUAUGAAUUAGUACAAAAAGUCCCAACAGAACACUGCCACUAAAUACCCGUCUUUCUUAAAUACAACGGAUCCGUUACGAGGUCUGUAAAUUGAGUAAUGAGACUGUUUUUUUUUUAAUUUUUUUUCCAAAUAUAAUUACAAUUUUAUAUUGGCGCCCUCAAAAUAACUUUCUUCUGAAGCCACACAGCACUCCCGAUAGCAGUGUUUAUUGACAUUGCUGUGUGACAAAGAGCAUUAUCGCUAUGCAACCCUAGUGGUUCUCACCCGAAUGUCACUUUUUCGAAGUUGUUCAAGAACCUCCCGGUAAAAGUGUUGAUUGGCUCUUUAUGGACGACUUCGUGGAUAUCGAAAAAACAACUCAGCAUGCAUUUGAUCUUCUACUUCGUUUUCAUUGCUUUUUUGGGCCUUGGAGAGUUUGAAAUGUGGCACUCCAUGUUUUGACGCCGUGCUCAAACGCCCAAGACUCGUCACCCGUAAUGACACGCUCUAGGAAAUGGGGAUCAUUUUCAGUCGAAUCCAACAAGUCCUUCCUGAUGUCCCUCUGGUCUUGCGAAAGGUUUUUUGGUAUUAUUUUUGCGCAGGUUCUUCUCAUCCCCUGAUACGAUGAAGGAUCUUAACGCACAAGAUCCCGGAUUCUGUCGAUAGUUUCAUCGGUUCUUGAAGAUGAAAGCCUUUCGCUUUCAGUCGACGCUCUUCCCUCUGAAAAUGCCUUAAACUACCGAAACACCUGGCCUCUUGACAAAACGCUAUCUCCGUAGGCCUGAUCAAGUUUAGCAAGAGUUUUCAUUGCACUGAGCCUAAAGUCUAGAGCAAAACUAGAUAGGACACCGUUGCUCGAAAUUGAUGUCAUUCAUUUUUAAAACACACAAAAAAGUCGCUACGGACCACCAAAUGACUCGAGCGAGGUCAACCUUGUACUCAGUGUUGCCGAACCGAAAAAGACGAUGUGGAGGAAAAAAUUCGUAAAUAAGGACUCAUUUCGGUAGAAAUACCGAAAAAUCGGUAUGUUCGGCAACACUGCUUGUACUGAGGUGGAUCACAUGCCCGGCGCCUCCAGUGUUGCCAGAUCAAACGCUACGUUGCCAGUCUCAUUACUUGAUUGACAGACUUCGUAUGCAGCGUUGCCGGAUGCGUCGCAAGAAAUGAUCGUACAUUACAGUGCGCGACUCAAAUCGCGUACAUAUAUGAGCGCUUAGCCAUUUUAAGUUAACCUUAGAUUACCCUAUAGUUCUGCAAACAGCUGUAAGAUUUUCAUGAUUUAUACAAAUAGUAGCGGGAUGAAAUCGUGUAUGAGCUUUAACAGAUGUUUUUCCUUUUGAAAGCUUACUAAAACAGAUUCUUACAGUUUUUAUUCAUGAAGCAAGAAUUUCUAUUGUCUGUAAUUUGCUGUGAAUUAGCUAUCAUUAUUGGUUUCAGAAAGUACAACAAUAUCGAUUUUCAUUAUUUGUUUUUGUUCCUUAAGAGAUUACCCUAUAGUUCUGCAAACAACUGUAAGAUUUUCAUGAUUUAUACAAAUAGUAGCGGGAUGAAAUCGUGUAUGAGCUUUAACAGAUGUUUUUCCUUUUGA